AUGGAGAUGGUAGUCGCGGAGAUCUAUAUUAUCCUGCGUGGCGAAUUGGAGGGUUACGAUGCCAACGGGUAUAUUACAAGAGCCGGUCCGCUUGACUGCAUGUACAUUCCCGCCGGUGUUUCCCACGGCGGACGAAAUUGUGGCACAGAGGAUUGCGACCUGAUUUGGGUGCACGAUGGCAUCGAAAAGAUUGGCACUUCCACCUACAUCAUUGAAGGGGAACAGCCCGACAAACCCCAGGUAGAUGAGAUCACGAUUAUUCCAUUUGCCGACUUGGAGCCCAACUACUCUUUGCCCCGGGCCAAAGAAAUCGAGUUCAUGCGUUGGGUGGUCAACUGGGUUGGUGGACCGGAAGAAUUCGACAACUUCAACUCUUCUACGGCUAUGACCAGCAGAUAG